UGCGUGUCGUGGGGGCGGCUGUGAGAGAAAAGCAGGACAAUAGCAGACAAAGGUUUUGGGUGCGGGACGGUGUUCACUGUCGGGACUGUGUGGAGGUUUGUUUUGUGGAGAAAAGCCGCAGCUGUGUCUCCGCCCGUGCAUGUCCCAGCCGGAGGAGGGGUAUUAACCUGGAGCGGAGGGUCGCACCGACUAUCACUGAGCACCGAGAGCCGCCUGGCUGCAGCCCACUGCCGGCAUGACCCUCACACGGAGCUCCGUCCUCCUCAGCAUCCAGCUUCUCGUGCUCUGUGCGCGGAUCCAGGUCUCUUCAGCUUCGGGACACUUUGAGCUUCAGGUUCUGUCCAUGCAGAACGUGAACGGGCGGCUGCAGACCGGCGCCUGCUGCGACGUACCCCGGGACCCGACGGAUCAGCGGUGCGCGGUGGACGAGUGCGACACCUACUUCCGGGUGUGUCUGAAGGAGUACCAGCUGAAGGUGUCCUCGGCCGGGCCCUGCAGCUUCGGCGCCGCCUCCACGCCCGUGCUCGGCGGGAAUACCUUCUCUUUACGCAACGCCAAGAGCGACAAGGCCAAGAUUGUUCUGCCGUUCAGCUUCGCGUGGCCGAGGUCCUACACGUUGAUUGUGGAGGCCUUGGACUUCAACAAUGACUCGUCCUCGAGCGCUGCCCCCCCUGACCGUCGAGUUAAAAAGGCCGUCCACUCGGGGAUGAUCAACCCGAGCCGCCAGUGGCAGAGCCUGAAGCACAACGGCCCCGUGGCUCAGUUCCACUUCCAGGUCCGCCUCAGCUGCGACGAGCACUACUACGGCUUCGGCUGCAACAAGUUCUGCCGCCCGCGGGACGACUUCUUCGGCCACUACGAGUGCGACCACAACGGCAACAAGACGUGCCUGGAGGGCUGGUCGGGUCCGGACUGCAACACCGCGAUCUGCAGACAGGGCUGCAGCACGGAGCACGGAUCCUGUAAAGUCCCUGGAGAAUGCAAGUGUCUGUACGGCUGGCAGGGGGAGUACUGUGAUCAGUGUAUCCCUCAUCCUGGCUGCGUUCAUGGCAGCUGUGUGGAGCCCUGGCAGUGUCUCUGUGACACCAACUAUGGAGGGCAGCUGUGUGACAAAGAUCUGAACACGUGCGGGACGCGGCAGCCAUGUUUGAACAGAGGAACCUGCAGCAACACGGGACCAGACAAAUACCACUGCUCCUGCCCCGACGGCUUCUCUGGAGUCAACUGUCAGAGAGCGGACCACGCCUGUCUGUCCAACCCCUGUUUGAACGCAGGCAGCUGUGUGGAGACCAGUCAGGGUUUCGAGUGUCGCUGCGCCCCCGGCUGGACCGGACCCUUCUGCUCCAUCAAUGUGGACGAGUGCCUGGUGAACCCCUGCAGUCAUGGAGGAACCUGCCAGGACCUGGUUAAUGGUUUCAAGUGCACCUGUCCUCCUCAGUGGACCGGAAAGACCUGCCUCAUCGAUGCCAACGAGUGUGACGACAACCCCUGCAUCAACGCCAACUCCUGCCGAAAUCUGAUUGGAGGAUACUUCUGCGAGUGCCUCCCCGGCUGGACGGGCCAGAACUGCGACACCAAUAUCAACGACUGUCGCGGCCAGUGUCAGAAUGGAGCUACAUGCAAGGACCUGGUCAACAGUUAUAAGUGCGUGUGCUCGCCGGGUUUCGGCGGCGAACACUGCGACAAAGACGUGGACGAGUGCGCCAGCGGGCCGUGUCUCAACGGCGGCCGUUGCCAUGAUGAAGUGAACGGCUUCCACUGCCUGUGUCCACCCGGUUUCUCUGGAAGUCGCUGUCAGUUGGAUAUCGAUUACUGCCUCCAAAGUCCGUGUCAAAAUGGCGGCCAUUGUUUCAACCUGGCGUCCGACUACGUCUGUAAAUGUCCCGAGGACUACGACGGCAGGAACUGCUCGCGCCUGAAGGACCACUGCCGCACCACGCCCUGCAAAGUGAUUGACAGCUGCACAGUGGCAGUGGCGUCCAAUAGCACGCCGGGCGGGGUGCGUUUGAUUUCGUCCAACGUUUGCGGCCCCCACGGGCGGUGUCGGAGUCACGCCGGCGGUCAGUUCAGCUGCGAGUGUGAGGAGGGAUUCACCGGGACCUACUGCCAUGAGAACAUAAACGACUGUGAGAGCGCCCCCUGUCUAAACGGAGGGACCUGUAUUGAUAAAAUCAGUCAGUAUCAGUGUAUCUGUGCUGAAGGCUGGGACGGCCCCACCUGCCAGAACAACAUCGACGACUGCAGCUCUGCUCCCUGUCAGAACCGAGGCGUCUGUCGAGACCUGGUCAGUGAUUUCUACUGUGAGUGUAACAACGGCUGGAAGGGAAAGACCUGCCACUCCAGAGAGAGUCAGUGUGACGAGGAGACCUGUAACAACGGAGGAACCUGCUACGAUGAAGGAGACGCCUUCAAAUGUGUGUGCGCUGCAGGCUGGGAGGGGGCCACCUGUAACAUCGCGAAGAACAGCAGCUGUCUGCCGAGUCCCUGCGAGAACGGAGGAACCUGCGUGGUCGACGGAGACUCGUUCAGCUGCGUCUGUAAGGAGGGCUGGGAGGGCGCCACCUGCAGCCACAAUGCCAACGACUGCAGUCCUCAUCCCUGCUAUAACAGUGGGACCUGUGUCGAUGGAAACAACUGGUAUCGCUGUGAAUGUGCUCCGGGAUUCGCCGGUCCAGACUGCAGGAUCAACAUCAAUGAGUGCCAGUCGUCACCCUGCGCCUUCGGCUCCACCUGCGUGGAUGAAAUUAACGGUUACCGCUGCAUCUGUUCCCCGGGAAGAACUGGCCCCCGCUGCCAAGAAGUGUCGGGGAGGCCGUGUGUGGUCGGAGGGCUGGUGGCUCUGGACGGAAGCAGGUGGGACAAAGACUGCAACAGCUGCCGCUGUCACAACGGGAGAGUCACCUGCACAAAGCUUUGGUGUGGACCAAAACCCUGCAGCCUCCACAGUAAGACUCACGGCUCCGAGUGUCUGGCCGGUCAGACCUGCGUCGCCGUCCAGGACGAGCGCUGCUUCGUCAAGCCCUGCCCCAGCCAGGGGGAGUGCUGGAGCCCCGGCCACCGGGCCCCGCCCACAGCCAGGUGUCACCCAGAGAGCAGGUGCGCCAACGUCACCUUCACCUUCAACAAAGACAUCAUGGCGAAGGGCGUGACGGUGGAGCAGGUUUGUCGAGAGCUCAGGACCCUCUAUGUUGUCAAGAACCUGUCCUCCGAUUCCUCCGUCUCCUUGACCUGCGAGCUGUCGCUCAGCACCAACAACGAGAUCCACGUCGCUAUCUCGACGGAGAACCAGAGAGGGGGUUUGACAUUCGUCAAGGAGAUCACAGACCGGAUCAUGGAUCUGGUCAGCAAGAGGAGCGCCAACAGCUCCAUCAUCAGCGCCAUCGCUGAGGUUCGAAUCCAGAGACGGCAGAGCCACAACGCCACCGACUACCUGGUGCCCCUGCUGGUUUCCGUGGUGAUUGUCGUGUGGGUGUUGGCGGUCGCCUCGAUGUUGCUAUGGUGCGUGAAGAGGCGGAGGAAGCAGAGCGCCCACACGGGGGUCAGCACCCAGGCCGCCUCGUCAUCUCUGGCGCCCGCGGCCGAGGACAACAACGCCCUCCACAACAGCGUCAGCACCACCCGUGAGCAGCUCAACCACAUCAAGAACCCCAUCGAGAAAAACCCGCCCAACCUCCAUCAACAGCACCACCUCCUCCUCCAUCACCACCUCUACGAGGACAAGAACUCCGUCAACGCCAAGAUCAGGAAGUCAGACGCCGGGAGCCAAUCGGAUGAGGACGAGGUGGACAAGAGGCUGCAGAAGGCGAGGUUCUCCCGGGCACCACCCGCGUACUCGCUGGUGGAAUGGGAGGAGCGCCCCCCCCACCAUACGUCAGGCAAACCCCCACACUGGACUAGCAAACAGGACAACAGGCAUCUGCAGUCACAGAGCGUAAACAGGAUGGAGUUCAUCGUAUAGCCACCGGGCGCAGAGUGACGAGAUCAGAAACUUGUCAUUUUUUAUCGUUUAUUUUUUGUACAGAAUUGAAUUUCAGUGGAUUCGACGGCUUUGGAUUUUUGCUGUUUAAUUUAUGUUUUGACUGACACUGGUCUGAACGGUCCACUGUGAUUGGCUGGAUCUCCGAUUUCUGUGGACGAUUGAACUCGGACAUGCAGUGGCGUUCCUGAAAAAGCCUUUCACGCUCGGUUUCAGUUUCAUGAAAUCAGUUUCAUUCACAAAUAAUUUGAGUUAUUUGAACGUGCUGCUGACCUGUCGCACCGCAGCACCUGACCAAUUUGGAAGAAAAUAUUUUGUUUUGUUUAUUUUUGUUUGUUUUUUUUGGGGGGGGGGGGUUAAGUGUCAGCAGUUGCUGUCAAUAUGAAGAAUCGUCCAUGUAGAAUGUUUCUGUAUAGAUGUAAAUAAUUUUUAAUUAAUCAUUGUGUAUAUUUGAUUUAUUAACUUAAUCGUCAAGAGCCUUAAGAUAUUCUUUUUUAUUUAUGAGUUUAGAGUCGAAGGGUCGACAGCUUUGUAAGCUUCACACUUCCUGAUGGAAAUUGUUUUUUGAUAUAUUUUUCAUCAUCGCCAAAAGUGUUCUUGAAAGAAUAGUUUAUUUUUAGCCUUUUGGAUUUGGGCAUUUUCGUGCCUCAAUUAAAUGUUUUGUACAUCGUCUGUUGUUUGAUACUGUUUUGUUGGUUCGUUUGCCAGAGGUUUUCUGU